GCUGCAGAUACGCCUUGGACGACAUCGAUGACCUCGAACAGUACGCCACCGAGCAAGACGAACGAUGGCGCUGCCAACUCCGCCGCUUCUUCUGCCGCAACCCCUCAAGCCACGGUGGCUGCCUUCUCGCCGAAUCAGCAGACCGCCGCUACGAAGCGCAACCGCGCAUCGGUGCUCAUCCAUCAGAAAAGUCCGCUCCUCGUCGCAACGCCUCCGCAGGUGACACGGGCGCUAGCGUAUAGUCAUCCCUUCAUCUUACCACUGAACUUCGUUGCCGGCUUGCUAUCAUGGACAACAGGCGAUCCAUGGGAAAGCUUUCUAUUGCUCUCCGCUUUCUGGUUCAUCACCAUGUAUGGCGACCACGUUGUACGCUGGGCUGGACCGCUUGUGCUGGUCACGGGAUUGAUAUUGGGCAUGUAUUCGCGACGCUAUAGCCCUCUCUCGAGUACUAUCUGGAGCGGAGACAAGCCCAAGCGGAAGCCAGCGGAUUCAGAGCAGCGGAAGAGUCUCGACGAUCUCCUGGAGUCGCUGGAGACAUUCACCGGCCGAUGCGAUGCCCUGCUAGAUCCGUUUCUAAGGCUCACUGAGUUCUUGAGCACGCAGUCGACUGCUACAUCUGCGACAACAAGGCCAGCGCUCGUAUCGUUGUUCUUGCGCAUAUUGGCAACAAUGCCGUUCUGGAUCUUGUUGACCCUACCACCACUGCAUAUUAUCACUACUAGGCGUGUGGUUCUAGUCUUUGGCACCAUUGGACUGUCGUGGCACAGCCGACCAGCGCGAGUGACACGAACAAUCCUAUGGCGGAGCCGGUCGGUACGCAGACUGGCCUCACUGGUGACAGGCUUGCGAUUUGACGGCGUGGACCAUCGACAAGCGGCUGUGCCAACGCUACCACCACGAAGCAAAGCACCUAACACGAGCACAUUGUCCGUGGAGAGUGGGAAACCCGGUGUUCGCUUUACAUUCACCGUCUAUGAAAAUCAGCGACGCUGGCUAGGUCUAGGCUGGACAGCUUCUUUAUUUGCGUACGAGAGGCAAGCUUGGACAGACGAGCACCUCAGUACAUGCCCGGAUCCGGAGCAUUUUGGGCUGCCUGACACAGAGAGUGACAAUGCAGCGUGGCGUUGGGUUUCUGGCAGUGAGUGGCACGUCGAGCGAGCCUUUAGCGGUACCGAUAGCCCCUCCAAACGUGCCGACAGCGAACACAAUGGUUCUGCCGACGACGUUGGCUGGACUUACUAUGACAACAAGUGGCAGAAUGGGCAGAAAGCCGAUGGCUGGGGACGCUACACUCGCCGCCGCAAAUGGAUCCGCGAUGCCGAGCUCGUCAAAGUCGACGCUACUCCC